UGCGUUCCCAAACAAGCUAGAGUGGUGUGUGAAUUUUAAACAUUUUUUUCGUUAACCAUGAGGUUAACUGUUAGUAUUUGUUUGUGUUUUUUUGUGACCAACUCUUAUGUAUUUGCCGAAAUAAUUAAUGAAGAUGACGAAUCUGUGGUCAUUGAAUCAGUGGAGCCAUCAACGGAGAGAAGUAGUCGGCAGAUCUUUUUCAGAGAAGGACCAGCUAUACCAGUAUACAAUCCCUUUGUUGUUCCACAAGGAUGGAGUGCUCUGAACACCAACAACAUGCAUCUCGCCACUACAGGUACCUGCUUCACGACUAAGGGGGUUCUAGGAAAAUGCGUUUCUUUCAGACAGUGCUAUCCUUAUUUCAAAAUUCCCGAACUGGGAAAUUUCGAUAGUUGGAUCUUGGGGAUGUAUGACACUUGUAGCUACUACACUGCUCAAGGACGUCAGAUGUUCGGAGUGUGUUGUACAAAUCCAAACCCAUCGAAACCUACGGAAGCAACUGAUUCAUCUUCAACUACUAAAGAGCCGAAUAUUGAAUCCGAGGGUCCAGAUUACACAGUAGAAGCUGAUCUUAAUUCCACUGCAAAAAACCCUUAUUACCCUCUUUCCAAUUGGCCACCACCUCUUCCAACCCAUUCGCCAGAUAAUACCAUUCCUCCACUUCCUACGCAUCCGCCUUCUCCUGGAUAUCCAACCAUACCUCCCACUGCUUGGCCACCCACUUUCAAACCAGUGAAUAAACCAGGAAAACCUACUGUGAAACCUACAGAGAAACCGACCAUCAAACCUCCAACUGUUGGAACAACGACAUCAGCCCCUGUCAAUAUACCUUCAACUGCUUCCUGUGGAGCCAAAAAUGGAUAUCCGGACCAGGAAAGGAUCGUCGGAGGCCAUAACGCCGAUGUGAAUGAAUGGCCUUGGAUUGCAGCCUUGUUCAAUGGAGGAAGACAAUUUUGUGGAGGCUCUUUGAUAGAUAAGACUCACAUUCUGUCUGCAGCUCAUUGUGUUGCGCACAUGAGUUCCUGGGAUGUUGCUAGAUUAACUGUGAGACUUGGAGAUCACAAUAUAAAGACGAAUUCAGAAACAAGACAUGUCGAGAAAAGGGUUAAACGGGUAGUCAGACAUAGAGGAUUCGACUCUAGGACAUUGUACAAUGAUAUUGCAAUAUUGACUCUGGAUAGUCCAAUAGAAUUCACUCAACAAAUCAGACCAGUGUGUCUGCCAUCUGGAGGAAGUGAUCACUCAGGAAAGACUGGAACGGUAAUAGGAUGGGGCAGUUUGAGAGAAAGUGGUCCACAGCCAGCUGUGCUGCAAGAGGUUAAUAUACCAAUUUGGACUAAUAGGGAAUGUAAGGUGAAGUACGGACCUGCCGCACCAGGAGGUAUUGUGGAACAUAUGCUGUGCGCCGGACAAGCUAAUAGAGAUUCUUGUAGCGGAGAUAGUGGCGGGCCUCUGAUGAUCAACACUGGAAAAUGGACACAAGUUGGAAUAGUUUCCUGGGGUAUAGGAUGUGGAAAAGGGCAGUAUCCUGGAGUAUAUACACGCGUUGCCAAGUUUUUACCUUGGAUUCAAAAAAAUCUUAAAUGAGACUGGAUAAGAAAUAACGCUCAGAAAAACACACAUUUUCUUCUUAAUGAAAUUCUGCCAUAAUUAAAUAAAUGUAUUUUGAUGUAA